GCAGUAAACCCGAUAAAGCUGGGGGUGGGCAUCUCCGCUCCGAUAAGGGAGUAAUUUAGCUUGAGGAAAGAGUCAGAUGCACUUUUUCUAUGAAUGAUGCGAUGUGAUGCACACGGGAUCAACUCUAAAUGGUGGUACUGGGCUGCUGCGCUUUACAACAUGGUUAUCACCCGCAGGUUCCGGGCCUCAGGGCUGCAACCAGACUUUUACAGUCUUGGUUAUACAUGCCCAACCAUAAAUUAAUACAUCGACCAGCCAGAGCUAUUCUUUGUUGUUAUUGCUCUCUUCCUGAUGCGGGGCUGCGUUUGACUGUCGGUACACUCCAGACCAUAAUAUUGCCUCCUUUUCUAUUUGAAGAACUGAGCUGGACUCUUUUAAUAAAGACUAAGCCAGCGGCUUGAGUAUAUUAGUAUUCAACGAAGAUUAAUCAAAGCUAAUCAUUCAUAUUUUCGCUAUUCUUAAUAUUGACAAGAUGUAUUCCAUCAUGUUCAGCGAGGCGCUUCCUGCUCCUCCACCUCCUCCGCCGGCUCAAGAAGAGACUCAGGGACCCAGGUUCCCCAUUUACUUACUUCCAAGCCUUACUAUGCCAUUUCGACGAAGGCGACGAAGUUCGCAUGUAAACAAUGAAGUCCCGCCAAGCGAUACCCUACCAUCACUGAGCUCAUCGCCAACGGAUUCGACGCCAUCCAGUCCAAUGACGAGUCCGUCAACACCCACCCUCUCACCGAUGAAUUUCUUGUCCAACUUCAAGUCGAAAGAUGAUCACAUCCGAUCGCCUGCAGAAGAUCUAAAAACGACGAAACUCGCACGAACGCAACCUAAUACGAUCCGAUGCUAUACAUGUGCAUCCGAUUUCGCGUUCACUUCGCAGAUCGUCAGUAAAGGUUUCACAGGCCGAUACGGACGGGCAUUUUUAGUGUCACCACCAGAACAGCCACCCCAGAGAGGCGCGAAAACGAGAGACCUUAUAAAUAUCAAAGUCGGCAAAUCGGAGACCCGCGUCUUGGUGACUGGAUCGCAUGUUGUCGCAGACAUUACAUGCGCCGUCUGCCACGCCAAAGUAGGUUGGAAAUACAUAGAUGCGAAAGAGGAAUCGCAGAAAUACAAGGUCGGAAAGUUUAUUCUCGAGACCCAGAGAUGUAUUGUUUACCGAAACUGGGAGGACAUUGCGGUCCACGAAAUGCCCGAGUUUGAGAUGAAGCAGAAAGAUCCACCAACGACGAAUAAUGGGGAACCCAUCAUCUUCGACUCGGACGACGAAGAUGAAUGUGAAGAUUUAUUUAUGGGGUCCUGGGACCCUGAUGUUGUCGUUAAGAGACGAAGCAAGAAAGUCAAUCGCCGCCAGAAGAAAAACGCUGCUUAAAUUUACAGCCGUUACUCUAUGAAGGCCAUAGCAUUACAUGGAGUUGGAGCAACGGUAAUACCCAGAAUGGUUUUUUUCCGGUGGUAGAGAAAGCAUCUUAAUACCUCCUUUACCCUUAUUCAAUGGACAGGGCAUCUCAUCAUGAGACGGAUUGAUGGGGUUUGAGCAGGAAUUUCGUAAUUAGUUGGGGGCUGAGGCGUAUAUGGUCACUUACACUGCAUCUUUUAUCCGAUAUUUUGAUACCCUCACUACUA